AUGUCCGCUGACAACACUGACGGUGCUACUGUUGUUGCUGAGGCAUUAGAGGCUCAGAGAUGUACCGAUCCGUCUAUGCGAAAGGAAUGGCGCGCGCUGUCUUUCGAUGAGAAGGUUGAUUGGAUCGCCGCGGUUAAUUGUCUCUCGCAUGUCCCUCACGAUCCCAACGUAGCAGGAACUGUAGAUCGGAAUGUCUCCCAAAUUCCGGUCUUGACCAACGACAGCUCGCUUUUUGAUGACUUUGUCUAUCUGCACAUGGAUCUCAAUAUCAAGAUCCAUUGGACGGGCUACUUUUUGCCCUGGCACCGACUGCUCACAUUCAAAUUCGAGCGUGCAUUGCAGGAUUAUUGUGGUUACAUCGGAAUGCAGCCGUAUUGGAACUGGACCCAAGGUAAAUGGUCUCUUCAACGGUUCCGCACCCUUCGUCUGAUGGCAACGGCCUGUUCAGAUGCAUACCGGGUUGCUAACUCUACAAUGUGGGAUGACGACCCUGUUAGUGGGCUAGGCCCUAGCACUGGCGACGAGGGCAAUGAUUUCAGCUUGAGCAAGGGUGGAUUUUCGAACUUGACGCUUGCUUAUCCUAGCGAACAUAUAGUCCGGAGGAAUUUGACUUUGCAGCCGUUCUUGGUGCUUGGAAACCCUUGGCCGGAUAAUCCCGAUGAUACGCUGGAUUACUAUCAGUAUGUGGAUUGGAUGUUCGCACCCGAAUAUGUGCAGAGCAUGGUGGUGGACAACGUUAACUAUACUGGUGAUUUCAAGGCGUUUCAAUAUUUCCUGGAAGGACCGAAGGGACCCCAUGGACCGCCUCAUUGGCUUCCUGGCGGUGACUCAUCCAGUCUUUGUCCUGGAAACUACACUGAAUGCGGCGUCGGUGGACCUAAGUGGUCUAACAACGACCCGCUCUUCUAUUUGCACCAUGCUAUGAUCGACAAAUUGUACUGGGAAUGGCAAAAUAAAGAUCCGAGCAACUUUUACGCUUUCGAAGGAGGUUCGGUUCAGAGUAUGAGCACUUGGGCUGAAUACGUUCAAUACCCUAAUGGUGCUGCUCCUUGGCUGAACUUGAACAGUACCAUUCCUGGUGAUGGUAUGUGGGACGCGGAAAACAUCACCAUCUGGGACAUAAUUGACAUCCAGAGCGGAAUUCUCUGCUAUGACUAUGAGUGA